CACUUUAAUAGAUUGUAUCUAUCUGGAUAACUCUUUAACAGGUUUAAUACCUCAGGACUUUAGACUAAGCUUUGACUUUACACUGAAACACUCCAACACUCUGUAGCCUCUAAUCAUCUGUUUAUCUGAAGUUGUGCUGUUGAUUUUGCCAUUGACCAUCAACAGCUGAGAUGGGGGAGGAGAUAAGGCUCCAUGUCUUGCGCCUCGACUGAUAACUUGCUUUCUGCAGAAGAGGAAUAAUGGCCGGUGUUGUGGUUGCUGGAGUCAGAGGAACAGUUUGAGGGCCGCUUAUAGGUGUUAUUAUCGAGUGCGACGUCAGCGAUGAGACAUGAGAGGGAGGGGGAGAGCGCGUGAGAGAGCCCUGUAAUUCACCCCUACUGUCUUAACAAAUCAAGCUGUUCAGCAUAGUCCCCUUUGUGUAUUCUCAAGAAAACUUGUGCAGUGAGCUCUGCUCAAAGCCACCAGUGCAUCUGCUGCUGAGCUGAGAGGUUUCAUUUCGCGGAAUAUCGGUGUGCUUUGGUGAACUGAGCGUUUGCGCGAGAACCGUUACAUUGCCUUGACGCAGGAGAUGCUGAGCAGACAGCGCGCGCACUAACCGGGACGUAACUUCCUGCCGACUCGCACCGAGGACUCGCUCCUGCUUUCUGGAAGGAGAUGGAGGAGGAAUUCAGCACGUAAUAGCCGAGUUAAUGAGAGAUGCUCCAAGAAAAAGCCUCAGCUGUGGCUGAUGAAGGUGUGACUGUGGCACAGUCGGGUGAGCUUGCUGAGCUUGCUACUGACUCCUCACAUCUGGGCUUACCUGUGGCCCCGAGCAUCCACCACAACAAUGAAGUCGACCAGAACAUCGAGAACAUCAAAGUAGUUCUUCAUGAGAGGGAACUUUGGAAAAGGUUCCACGAAGCAGGAACAGAGAUGAUCAUCACUAAAGCAGGCAGGCGGAUGUUCCCCAGCUACAAAGUAAAAGUCACAGGGAUGAAUCCAAAAACAAAGUACAUCCUACUAAUCGACAUUGUUCCAGCUGAUGAUCAUCGUUACAAGUUCUGCGAUAACAAGUGGAUGGUGGCUGGAAAAGCAGAGCCGGCCAUGCCCGGGCGGCUCUACGUCCACCCUGACUCUCCUGCAACAGGAGCUCACUGGAUGAGGCAGCUGGUCUCGUUUCAGAAGCUAAAAUUAACAAAUAACCACCUGGACCCUUUUGGACAUAUCAUCCUGAACUCUAUGCAUAAAUACCAGCCCAGGUUGCACAUCGUCAAAGCAGAUGAGAACAACGCCUUUGGUUCUAAGAACACGGCCUACUGCACCCAUGUGUUUCAUGAGACCUCAUUUAUCUCUGUGACAUCAUAUCAAAACCAUAAGAUUACCCAGUUAAAGAUCGAGAACAAUCCCUUUGCCAAAGGUUUUCGUGGUAGUGAUGAAGGAGACCUUCGAGUGUCCAGACUCCAAGGGAAAGACUACCCAGUGAUUUCCAAAAACAUGGCACGGCAACGGCUCAUCACAUCACACACCCAUCUGGCUGGCAAGUUAAGUGCAGGGGUACUGAGUGGUCACCCGCAGGUCCACUCUCAUUAUCAGUAUGAUAGUGGGGUCGCUCUGUCCAGUUCUGACCCACAGGAGCAUCUAUCCAACCCAUUUCCUCCUGGCAGAGAAUCCAGUCUGCUUUACCAUUGCUUCAAGCAUAGAGAGAACAACAGGCAUUUGGAGCUGGGCUGCAAGCGGCCCUACCUUGACACGGCACCCUCAGCUGUUUCAGAGGAGCACUACUUCCGCUCCCCUUCUUCCUACGAGCCCUCUUUACUGUCUCACCCCUACUGUGGUGAAGCAUUGGGCUCUAGAGAGGCCUGUAUGUAUGGAGGUAUGGAUGGUGAGGCAGGAGCUGUAGGUGUAGCUAAUACUGAGGACAUGCCUCCACCCUCCCUGAACUGCAACAUGUGGGCAUCAGUCCAGCCCUAUCCUCGAUAUGGUAUGCAGACUGUUGAAGCUGUACCCUACCAGUCCUUCAGUGCUCACUUAACAAGCACAGCCACCACUGCAUCCAUCGUCUCUCAUCACUCAGCAUCUAUGCAACGACCACAGCCUGCACCUCAGGUUCCAGACCUGGUGUCUUUUGGUACACAGCGGGCUUUGCCACCAGUACCGUCUUCCUCUUCCUCCUCUUCCUCGUCCCCUUCUGGUGCUUCCUCAUGUGACAGAUCAGCCCAUCUGCCGCUGUACCACAGGAAGCCUGGGUCACCUCUGAGAGUCCACAGGGAUUUCUCAGCCUACCCAACCCAAAGCCAUGCAUCAUCGAGAGAGCCGGUGUACCAGUAUCAGAUGGGCCUCAACAGCAUAGGGUCCCACUGGACUGACAGCUAAGACAAGAGGCAUAAUACCACUGUAUUGUUUAGUCUGAUGUUUGUGUCACCUUAGAGUCACACACUGCCUCUAAGAACCCCAAAGAGAUUAUUUUUCUAUACAGCCAUAUUUCCAAAUUGCCAAGUUAAUAUGCAAGUAUCAUACUGAUAUAGUAAGUGCAGAAUAUGUAAAUAUACAGCAAUGUUCAAAAGUUUGGAGACACCAGUCAUACUUUAUUUUAAAAUCAUUAUUUCAUUCCCCAUAAACUCAUACAAUCUAGCUCUAAAUAAUAUAAUCUAGACAAUAAGAUGGUUUGCUUCAUUUUUAAAGUAUUUGGGGAAAAAACAUUAUUAUUAAAUGAUUAGUAAUAUACAGAAAUUAUACUGUAUAUGUGUAACAGUUUCUCCAUAAAGCCUGCCUUUGGAUUUGAUCUCCAUUGUUCAAAUAUAUGGCAUUCUGGAUUUUAAUUUUGUUAUAAUAUAUAUCGAUGCCAUACAGUUGUAGAUUAUGCUGAUACAUCAGUAAAUGAUCAUAUCUUGGUUUACAGCUUGUGGCAAAUGAUUUGAAACCUAUGAAGGUGCAUAUGGCUAGCUUCACUUUACAGUAACAUUAUCUACAGUAUAUGGACCUACAACAAAAUGGAUUUUAUAUUAUUUAAAAUACUGAGUUAAAACUUUGAGUGGUAAAUCCACACUUUUGAAGAGUAAUGUAUAGAACGCAUAAAGCAUUAAUUUGCUCUAUCAAUGUCAUAUUUAUUUGUGUAUGGUGUAUGUUUAUAGUUGUGCUUGCAAUUACAUUGGAUGUAACCAUGCAUAAGCACUGCACUGAAUGCACCAAGAGACCAUUAACUAUAGCUUAAGGAUGUUCAAAAUGUUUCAGUGCCAAUGGUGUGUUAAAGCACAAAAUGUCUAUACUAUAUGAUGUCAGUAUAAUGAAGGAGACAUUGAGGUUAAUGAAUUGAACAAUUUGAGGUUUAACAAUACAUUUUUGGAUAGUUUAGCACAAAAUCAGUUCCACAUUGAGUGGGGUAUCAGUUUUUUGGCUUAGAUAACUAGCUAAGAUGCUGUUUUAGAAUCCAGCCCUAAUUACACUGAGCAAAAUAUGAGGAAAAAUACCUUCUAGUGAAUAUAGUUCACAACAGUCAAUUUACCCAUAAAUUCCGAAGAUACUGGAUGGGAUAUGAUCUUUAACCCAUUAAGGCCAACAUUUUGUUGGAAAUUAAAUAGUUCCAUAUAAUUUGGAAAUUUAUGUACUGUGGUCUGUUGAUAACUACUAGAAAUCACUAUAUAAAAAUAUGUUGUGGGCUAUAUUUCACAGCACUAUCGAGUUCAGAGGCUGUAGCACAAUUCAAAAGUUUUCAUCAGUUCCUCUUUAGACUUUAUGUACUUUGAGCUCAAUACGUUGAUGUGGCCCUAAAUGAGCUUUAUUCUGAACCCUGUGAUGUGUGUCCAUACAGAAUUUGACAUCCCAACAAUGUGUGCUGAGAGCACCAAAUUAUAGUUCUGAUUAUGGCAUUAAACUCAAUCCAACAUGGUACACUUAACAUAACUGGACAUCAGAGAGGGUCUGCACAACCAGAUGGAGGCUUUAAGAGUGAUCCUUAAGCCAAGAGGAGAGAAGAACAGAGAUCUGUUAAGAUGUCCAAGACCAAAGACCCAAAGGGCUGAGCCCUUACAAGACUGAAAAUGUAAAACAGCAGGCAAAUGUCCAUAACACAAACUCAAAAAGGAUGAACCAGACAUUGGUAAGCCUGCUCACUGCUCAUUAAGAAAAAAAAGGAUGUAUCUGAAAACCAUAUGUUGGUCUGGUGACCUGCAUGAUCCAAUUUGCUUUGGCUUCAACAUGUAACAAAACCCAUAAUGAUUUUAGUUUUUUGCACACCUGUUGAAUAAAUGGUACUCUUUUUGUCUCAUAGUCAGUGUCUAAAAUGGGCCUGUAUUAGACACAUGUUUAAACCAAGGUAAUCCAAUCAUUGUGCUCACUGAAUUAAAACAGUGGUACAUUUUAAACUGUCGACAUUUCAAAGCAAACUACCAUGAAUGGUUACACUUUGAGAUAGGAGACCACACUGUACUUCCUGCAGUGUUCGGUAGCUUUCAGUACAUUUUCCCCCUUGUAGCAUGCGCAAUGAAAUCAAAUGAUAAUGAUGUCAGAGGGUCAUCAUAGAUCUAUGCAUCAUUAAUCAUGGCCCCUCUGACUCUAGCAAUGAGUUACUAAGAGCAUAAUCACAUUAUUCAGCUAUCAGGGAUAAAUACUGCAUUCAGGGUAACUAUAUUAUACAGAUUUAAAACCAAUAAAUACUUUUGAAAGUAACCUUUCAGUAUGGUUUGUUUAGUGAGCAAAUCCAAUGUUGCAUGAGUUUCCCCCACUGAUGGUCUUCCGUUCAACCCAAGGUUAUUAGGGUUGGUGUGUAGUUAAAGGAAAUGUAAUCCUAACAAAUAUAAAUGACAGAACCAAUGCUAGGGAUGAGACCAAUUUAUUCAAGCAGUUAUAGUGGAACCCCUGAGAAAUGUAACUUUAGUGAUGCACAUUGUUUUACAGGGUCUUUCUUCCAUAUGAAGCAGCUACUUGGAUAAUACAACAGCAACAAUGUGUCUAUAGACUUAAAUCUUCUCCAAAUGGAUAAGAGAAUAUUUUCUAGUGAAACUAUUUUAACAUUUGCAAUGCUUUGAACGCUGAUGUGAAUUGAGUUUUCAGUGAGAAAUGUAAGCCAACAUUCAAGACCAUAAAUCACAAGUAAGGUUUUAUACAAGCUUUUAUUGUGCAACAUCAACAAUAAUGAGUAA